GUAGAGAGAAUAAACAUUGUCACGCAGCUGUUCCUGUCGUGUUACGUUACUUGCAUAUCACAUCUCACAUGUAAUUUCUUCCUUCAAAAGAUAAACGGAAUAAUUGUUUCUGUGACAUAACGCCAUGGAGCCUCUUAUAAAAAUCAGUCAAGGAGCAACAAAAUGGGACAUUCGUCAAAAAGUUUGGGACUACAUCGAAGACAAGAAUCUGGCUAACUUCCCCAGGCCUGUUCACAACAGAAUUCCUAAUUUCAAGGGGGCUUUCACAGCCUGUGCCAAAGUGUCUGAGCUGCAAGUGUUUACCCAGACAGCUGAGGUGAAGGUGGAUCCUGAUAAACCUCUGGAGGGUGUCCGACUCGCAGUGUUGCAGGCACACAAAACUUUAUUGGUCCCAACCCCUCGUCUUCGUUCUGGCCUUUUUAACAAGAUUGUUCCUCCCCAGGGAGCCAACAAAGAACAGCUGCGUAUAUGCUCUUCCUCACAGGGUGUGAAAGAGUUUAGCGUGCCAAUUGGCCUGGAUGCCAAAGUCAAGGUGGACCUUGUGGUGGUUGGCUCUGUGGCCGUGUCAGAGAAAGGUUUCCGCAUUGGAAAAGGUGAAGGCUAUGCAGACUUGGAGUACGGAAUGAUGGCCUCAAUGGGAGCUGUGGAUGAGUCUACAGUUGUGGUCACUGUUGUCCACGACUCUCAGGUAGUGGACAUAUCUGAGGAGAUCAUAGAAAGUCAUGACCUGACUGUGGACUACAUACUCACUCCUAGCAGAGUUAUAAAGACAAAUUGCCUGUCUCCAAAGCCACAAGGAAUCAUCUGGACAAAGCUGGACACAGCAAAGCUGGAGAAGAUGCCCAUUCUGAAGAAGCUCCUGACCCUGGAGGAGCAGGCAGGGAAGGAUGUCAUGCUUGGGACAGAGCCUCCUGCAACUGAGCCUCCUUUGCGAAAUGAUCACCCCAAAAGGCAGAACAGACGCAGGCCAAGGCAGAAAGCCCGACAAGACACCCAGGAAGAUUCCAAUGAGGAGAAAAGUGUGGAGCCAGUACAGAACACCAGACGGAAUCCACCUCGAGUGAGGAAAGAAAGCAGAGGAAGUGAGGGAGAGGAUGUCGAAAGGAGAAGGAGAAAGGGUCGAGGAGGAGGGAAUAUGAAGGAGAAGAGUUCAGAGGAGACUGGAGGCGAAGGUCUGACCCAAAGUAAGAGCAUUCCUGGUGUAACCACAGUAUAUCUGGGUGGGAUCCCCACAGGGGUACGUGUGAGCGCACUGAAGAUCGCCCUCAGAGAGAGAGAGGCAGGGCCACUCAGGCUAACCUGGCAGGGAGCUCAGCACCGGGCCUUCCUGGACUACAGCGAUCAGCAGGCUGCCGAGAAGGCCCUUGAGGCUCUGCAGGGGCUCAGUCUGAACGGUCAGAGUGUGCAGGCCGCGCUGGCCAAGAGCCAACGCCGCAGCAAGAAGCCCGGUCCAUCCAAUCGGAGACCAAAACCAGCGGCAGCGACCGCUGCGACAUGCGAUGCAGAAGCCACCAGUUCAAAGAGCGAAGCCCCUGAAAAGACUGAGCAGUAAAAACACAAAUAACUGUGCACUAACCUUAAAAUGCCUUAUAACACUUUGGUUUGUUUAAAUGUAUCUUGAUUGGUUACACUAGAGCCAGAUGUUUAUAUUGAGCAACAUCUAAAUAAAAUAUGCAACAAAACUAUCUCUAAAUG